AUGGCAUUCAUAUUGGAGAAUGUGGACAGCAUGGACACGGGUGACGACGACACAGAGUCCAGCAACGUGCAGGUUGCUCUUGGCCUGCUGAAGGAGAUUGGGUACCAUGCUGUUGUGGAGAAGCUGAACUCCGCCGACUACGGAGUACCGCAGCGGAGAUGCCGCCUCUACUUCGUGGGUCUUCGAGACUCUCUUGCUUUGGCAGAGUCUAAGGAAGACAUCUUGGCCAAGCUGCAUGGCAGGCUUAUUCGUAUGAUGACGCCUGCUGAAGAGAGGCUCUCUGUGGCAUCUCAGUUGCAAGUUGCAAGUUGCAAAUCUGAACACUGA